AUGCAACAACAACAACAACAACAACAACAGCAAUCGUACUUCGAGGAGGACGAUGAGGAUUUGGAAAUACAUUACUGUGCUGUGUGUAACUCGACCGAUGUCCAGAUAUGCACUGGAUGUCUAGGUAUAUUCUACUGUGGCAGUGAACAUCAAUUACAGCAUUGGCCUGUGCACAAGGUUCAAUGUCUGAAUACAUCAUCAUCAACAUCAUCAUCAUCAACAACAACAACAACACCAACUACAAUUACCACCUCCACCUCCACCUCCAACAACAACAACAAAAACGACACCCUCGCCAACUACCACGUCUCCGCCAGGAGCAACUGCAGUUUCCGUCGCCAACAGCACCACGACGUCACCCAGCAAACAGGUACCCCCGCCACCUGCCCAACGAUAUUUACAAACACAGGCCCAGGCUCAGAGUCAGCAAGCACAACAGACACCAUCAAUACAGACCCAUCCAUCAACACAAACAUCAUCUACAACGGCUGCCCAGACUACGACGUCAAAGCCAAGCCCAACACAGUCAUUCUUGAGGUCGACUACAAUGACGAAUAG